CUAUACCACAAACAUAGGAGACGGAUAACGUUGUUUCGGAUUAGUCCAACGUACAGAAACAAAGAGGGAGGAAGGGCUCACUCGAUGGCACACAAUUCCGGCCUCAGCGACAGACUCAAACGAUGAAACAUCGAGAAGAUUAGUGGAGAACCGUUAUAGUAACUUCAGAAGAGAGUACCGUUGCGAGGACCUUUGGUUCGUCGAGUCCUUGUUUGAGGUAAUUCGUUAUGAUGGUAAAUGGAUGCACUAUGCCCUGUGGGCGUGAUUUUAUGAAUUCCAGGGUGUGUAAACCCACCAUAGCCCGUGGCUCAUUUUCCACAUGCAUUCCUUGUUUGCCUGCUAUGGCCACAUUGCCAAGCUUGAGUUCACGGGGAUCUCGCCAGGAGGGUAAGCCACUCUUUCACCUGUCGGCUGCCUCAAUCCCACUUUUAAGUGGGGAUCGGGGUAGCCUUCUACGUGCAAUCCCCUUGUUACCAAGGCGACUCAGACAUCAUAUGACUCCUCGAGCAUCCAAGGAUGUUCCAUACAGUUUCCGCUACCCUCCAAUGACCAAGAAGCCAAGAUGGUGGUGGAGGGCAUUGGCAUGCCUCCCCUAUUUAAUGCCACUUCAUGAGACAUGGAUGUAUGCUGAGACGGCAUAUCACCUGCACCCCUUCCUGGAAGACUUUGAAUUCUUAACAUACCCAUUUCUCGGAGCCAUUGGGAGUCUGCCGAGCUGGUUCUUGAUGGCAUAUUUUUUUGUAGCAUAUCUUGGAGUGGUGAGAAGAAAGGAAUGGCCUCACUUCUUUCGAUUUCAUGUGGUAAUGGGCAUGUUGUUGGAGAUUGCCCUUCAGGUGAUAGGAACUGUAAGCCGUUGGAUGCCGCUUGCUGUCUACUGGGGUAAAGUGGGGAUGCACUUCUGGACAGCUGUGGCAUUUGCGUACCUUUUCACUGUAUUGGAAUGCAUACGUUGUGCUCUUGCCGGUAUGUAUGCUGACAUCCCUUUUGUAUGUGAUGCUGCUUAUAUUCAAAUUCCAUAUGAUUAAAGAAUGGAAAGCAUAAGAUCAAAUUCUGUUGUGUUUCCAUUAUGUUAACUUUAUUGUACAACCGACUUUGUGAGCAAAAGAUUGAACUUCUUUUUAUGGAUAA